AUGAACCCCUCGGCACUGCAGAGAAUCAGCAUUCGAUGGCUGCCCGAGCCAGCCUAUGAGGAUACCGAAACAAUCGCUCUCAACGUUGGAGGCUACUUUGUUGAUUUGAGGUUAAACAAAAACGAUGCCACCAUACAAUGGAGUCGAGCUGGAGAAAGGAUCCUACUCCAAAGUCACCCCCGUAAAUUAUCCCUGCCGCCUACUCGUAUCCUUGCACCUAUUCCGAGACUAACUGGUCUCCUAGCAACCUUCCGAUGGACCCAUAUCAUAGACUCGCUAGAUCUAACCAUUCCCGACGAGGCUUACUUCAAAAAACUGCCAAAUGGGGACGAUCUAGAAAUUGGAACUACGCCUUGCCCUUGCAAAGAUGGUGUUCCGACUGACUAUGAAGAGGUGUGGAGGGAUGUUACUUCGACGGAUCCAGGAGAUAGGUGCUGGAUUCUACAGAGUGCUAAUGGUAUGACAUUUUUGGGAAGGGUCGGGUCGAAUUAUCUGGCUAUUCAAAAAGAGAUAAAUGGUGGAUUUGCUGCUCGAAAAGAAGAUUGGCUUGCUUCCGAGGGCUGGCAAGUCUCCUUCGAGAGUGAUGCCUCACCCAACCUUCCUUUGGCAACCGCUGCAAUUGAAGCGAUGAGACAGAGAGAUCUAAACAUGGCUGCAGGGGAUAAAAUCGAUGUUUUAGGUCGACAAGGACUUGAGGCAUAUGUCCAUGAUGUCAGCUUCUAG